AUGGCUCGGCGAGGAAGAAGACCGCAUCUGCUCCCCUCAUCAGCUGCCAUCUCCGUUGGGAAUUGUGAUGUCGUUGUGGAGGCAAAGAAUUUCACAUCCGAAUCGAAUGGGGACAGCCUUCUGAUAUCUAUGGCGACAUCUGGGAAAGUCAGAAUCUCAGUGGUGGAGAAAGUGAAAGAACAUGACGAUUUUGCAGGUCGAAGCACUAAGAAACUUGGUAAUGGUUGUUUUGUUCUUGCUAAUCCAAAAAAUUCAGAUGGUGAAACCAAGUCCCUUCUCCAGGAAGUUCUCUCUCUUUACAUGAAAGAGCUACCCGCAAUGAACUAUGCUUCUAAUACUGGAAAGGAGUCGAUGUUCCUAGAAAGAUGUGUUACAAAUGGGAAAUAUUGCACCUUAGUUCUGAAAUCCAGGGAUGAUAGUCAAGCGGGCGAGGUCAUUGCAGCAAUUACUUAUCAAAUAGUUCCAGUUGAUUCACAGUAUGCUGAGGUCCCUCUUACUGCCGUUAGCUCAAUCUUUCAACGGAAGGGAAUUGGUCGCUUGUUGUACUUGGAAUUGAGAAAAAGGCUCCAGAAUGUAGGAAUUCAAACUAUAUUCUGUUGGGGAGACAAAGAAUCUGAGGGAUUUUGGCUCAAGCAGGGAUUUGAAGUGCUUGGUGAGGUGGAUAAAAAGGGCAGAGGUCACAGGCUCCGAAUCAAGGCUGACGUCCGGAAGGCAUUAUGUUUUCCUGGUGGGUCAACCCUUAUGGCCUCACAUCUUCUCAAAGAUAGCUUGUCCGAACCAGUGGAGCUUCUAAAUCUAGGCUUACCCACAGAGUCCCUUCAGUUGGAUUAUCUAAACCAAGAGCCCUGGAAUAAUGCAAAGGGAAAUGAACUUUUGGAAGAAGAUGACCAGCUAGCUGAAGUUGGGUGUCCUGAGUCAGAGAAGUUAGUGAAUGGAAUAUGUACACUUGAUAAUGGACUUCUGCCACUUGCAGUAAGUUGCAGUUUGGUUGAUGCCUCAGGAAAACAUGAUGUUGGAAUUGAAGAUCAUGAGGACAAUUGCUCAUGGUCAGCGCUGGAUACUAAGAAAAGGACAUGGGAAGCCUCAUGCACCUCAUUGAAGUCCAAAAAAGUUAAGGGGACCCAUAGUGAUAGCCAGCUGGGCUCUCACUGUCUUGUAUGGACUAGUGAUGAGAGAAUUGCUAAUUGCCAUGAUAGAAACUGCUUGGGAACAAACUCUGGGAAUCAUAGCCCUCAUGAAAAAAGUGAAAAAUGCAGAAUGGUUGAUAUCAGAAAUGAAGACUUGUAUGUGCGCCCUGAAAUACCCUCUACAGCAAAAUGUAAUAGAAUUAUGUUAAUGAACAUUGCUGAUGAUGAGAAAAAGGCGCGUCUCUCCAAGAUAAUUGAAGAUCUGGGUGGAGUUGUUGCUCUGGAUGGAAGUGCUAGCACACAUGUUGUCACAGGAAAAGUUCGAAAGACAAUGAAUUUCUGUACAGCUCUCUGUUCAGGAGCCUGGGUUGUCUCAUCUGGAUGGUUGAAAGAAAGCUUCAGGAAGGGUGGAUUUGUUGAAGAAACACCCUUCAUUCUGGAAGACGAAGAUUACAGGACUAAGUACAGGUGCAAAUUGGAAACUGCAGUUCUCAGAGCUAAAGCUAGACCAAGUGCAUUGUUUAAAGGUCUUGAUAUAUGGCUUUCGCCUCAUGUACAACCCCCUCCCAGUAUGCUGUCAGUCAUUGUUAGGUCUGCUGGAGGAAAUGUCAUCCGAGCACAGAGUGAAAUAAAAGAUGUAUCCGAAACCAUAUUUGUGGCAUGCGAAGAAGACAUGAAGGAAGCUCUAACCGCAGUGAAGAUGGGGAUUUGGACGUUCAGUAGCGAGUGGCUUAUGAACUGUAUCAUGAAGCAAGAGCUUGAUCUUGAGGCCCCUCAAUUUGCAGAAUCCCUUUAG